AUGAUGCAGUGGUCGAAAGUAGCCGAAGAAGCUCAAAACACAGUGCUGGAUGCCAUCCCAACGGCCUGGCGUCUUGCUCCGACAAGCAAACCCAAGUCUCCUGCCGCGAGUGUCAUCCAUGUGCCACGAGACUGCGGAGUGUUGACUCCAAAACAAAUCGAAAUCACCGAACAAAGUCUGGUUGCAUUGACGGAGAAGAUCGCUCGUCGAGAGUUGACUAGCGUUGAGGUCACCGAGGCUUUCUGUGCCAGAGCAGCUAUAGCUCAUCAGCUUACAAAUUGUUUGACGGCCUUCUUCCCCGAUGAAGCCCUCCUUACAGCCAAGGCUCACGAUGAUCAUUAUGCUGCUACUGGCAAAGUUCUCGGACCACUGCAUGGUGUUCCCCUGGCGAUCAAGGAUCAGUACCACGUUCGAGGGCAUGCGUCGACUUUGGGCUAUGUUGCUAAUUACGAGAUCGUGUCGCAAGAGGAUGCUGCCAUCGUUAGGGUGCUUCGGGACUCCGGGGCGGUAAUAUUUGCUCAGACUACAAUGCCUCAGACAGGUAUGGCCCUGGAAACCAGCAGCCCGCUAUGGGGUACGACGAUCAAUCCUUACAACGGACUACUGGUAUCUGGAGGCUCUUCGGGCGGAGAUGCUGUACUGGUUGCUAUGAGAGGUAGCCCAGUCUGCCCAUCCUCCGACAUAGGCGGCUCAAUCAGAGUUCCUGCCGCGUUCAAUGGACUCUACUCGAUCAAACCCUCGGCGGAUAGAAUAUGCAAGACUGGUCUGAGCACGACUUUGGGUGGCCAGAUAUCAAUCAAAACAUCUUGUGGCCCGGUAUGCCAUAGCCUCGAUGAUCUGAAGUUGUUUGUCGAAAUCAUCAAUGCAUACCCUCGUCUGCAGUUCGAACCGGCUGUCGUGCCCAUGCCUUGGAGACACCUUGAGCCACCUCAACGCAAACUUACAGUUGCCUUGUGGAAAUUUGAUGGCGUGUGUAUGCCGCAUCCACCCAUCGUACGGGCUCUGAAAGAGACGGCUGAGCAAUUGAUCGCUUCUGGGCAUGAAGUAAUCGAGAUCAACCUUCCACUUGACAGCUGGAAAGUGGCUUUGACAACGUGGAAGUUAUACUUCCAGACUGGUGCUUUGGAACUGAAAGCACGACUCGCAGAAGGCAAUGAGGAGAUGUUGCCUUCUCUUAAACGUCAUCUCGAGGUGUUCGGCAUCAAACCUCUGACUGCAGCGGAGUCAUUUGGCCUGAAUCGUGAGAUGAUGGAAUACAAGACAACAAUGUCUAACUGGUGGAGUACAUCAUCAAGAACAAGCAGAGGCCGGCCGUUUGAUGCAAUCAUUGCACCGGUGCAUCCUUCAGCUAGCUACACCCACAACUUCCCGUCUUGGUGGGGGUAUAGCUCCAUCUGGAAUAUCCUUGAUUAUCCAUCCUUGACUCUGCCCUUGAAGAAAUUCCGAAUUGCGGCUGAGCUCGACCCAAAGGAUCUCACAUAUACGCCGUUGGACAAUCCAUUUGAUAAAGCGACUUAUGAAAUGUAUGACCCGAAGCUUUUUGCUGCUCAACCUGUCUGUUUGCAAAUAGUCGGAAGGCCUUUCCAGGACGAAGAGCUUGUAUCUGUCACAGAGGUCAUUGAUAAUGUUCUGAACAGUGGCGUGUAA